AUGAACACCGACUCUACAUACCUUAUCCCAUCCUCUGCAGCGCUUGGAGCGCUAACACUAUUAGCAUCGUUCAAUCAGUUGCUUUUCUACGUGGUCCCUUACCUCUAUGACCCGUACAAUUACCGUAAACGGUUCUCAGGGCCACCGCUGGCAGGUCUAACGAACUGGUGGAUGUCACAGGUGAUAAGGACCGGUCAUCAUAGUGAGACCGUGCAGCAUUUACACGAGAAAUAUGGGACUUUUGUGCGGCUAGGACCAAACCACAUCAGCAUAGCCGACCCUGAUGCUCUCCAGAUUGUGUACGGCCAUGGGGGUGAAGUUCUGAAAUCCGAGUUUUAUCACAUAUUCCGAGGCUAUCGUAAGCCAAAUACGUUUGAUGCCCUGGAAAGGGAUGAGCACUCGAAGAAGCGCAGGCGAAUCGCGAAUAUCUUUAGCCCGCAGAAUAUCACUGCUUUCGAGCCUCGAGUACGCAGCCACAUUCGGCAGAUAUGCGCACAAUGGGACCUAAGAUGUGAGGAAGCCGCCCGCGGAGUUUCGGGUGUGAACUGGGCCUCGAGAAAUGGACAGGCUGUGAUGAACAUUUGCGCACAGUUCGCCUAUCUUGCGUUUGAUAUAAUUGGCGAUCUAGCGCUGGGAUCACCUUUCGGGCUUAUCCAGGCUCAGAAGGACUCAGUGCUAGCUAUUGAAUCUGUCGACGAGUCGGGAAAGCCUGUGAGAGGGAAUAUACAGGUCCCCGUGAUCAAGGCUCUGGCCCGUUCAGGACUCGCCAACAUGUCCCUAGGUGUAUUCCCCCAUUGGACACACAAAGUCCUCCAAAUGCUUCCAUGGAACAUUAAGGGGUCGAAUGAUAACAUCAAUCUUUUCAACAUUGCCAUAGCUUCAUUAAACGCCAAGAUCAAGCGAGACCAUCUCAAGGACCCUGAAGAUAGAGAUGGCGUUGAUCUUAUUGAUAAACUCCUCGAGACAAAGAAUGAAGAUGGGAGCCCUUUGCCGCUUGACGAGCUCUACGCUGAGGCUUUAAUGUUACUUGUUGCUGGGAGUGAUACUACGAGCAAUACCUUGAGCUCAUUGUGUUACUACUUGGCGAUCCACCCGGAGAUCCAAAGAGAGCUACAAGCCGAGCUCGAUCAGCAUAUUCUAUAUGACUCACCUGACAAAACAAGCAGCACAGAAGGUCUCAUACUUCCUCCGGAAGACACGAUAGCACGCUAUCGAGAUAUCAAGGACCUUCCGUACUUGAAUGCCUGCAUUAAAGAAGCAUUGCGCAUUCAUUCUACAGUCGGCACAGGCAUGCCUCGUGUUGUUCCACCUGGCAAGUCGAUCACCGUUGCUGGCCAGACGUUCAAAGCAGGAAGCGUAAUCAGCGUGCCGUCGUAUACGACCAACCGGUCGAGUGUGUGGGGGAGCGACGCUAGCGAGUUUCGGCCUGGACGUUGGCUGGAGGACAAUGCGCAGUCUCUGAACAAGUACUUUGUGCCAUUCUCUAUGGGACCGAGCAACCAGGUUGAAAACCAGCCCGCUGCUACCCCAAACUCUGGGGAGCAGACGGUCGAUAAGCGAUUUUGUCAAGUUUGCCAACAUUGUCAGCAUAAUGAGAACCCUCUACCACAAAACGAGUUUCAAAAGGUUGAAGCCCUACUUGUUCAGGCCGCCUCAGGUGCUAUACAGGUCGAUGGCUUAUACGAAACACUUCCGCAUCCGGUUGAAACCUAUAUUGGCGAGCGUUUUCGCAGCGCGGACGGUUCAGGAAACAACAUUUACGCACCUUCGAUGGGCCAGGCAGGAUCAACUUAUGCGCGAACUUGCCAAGGCAGGCACGUGCAUAAAGAUCUUCCCAAAGCUGAAGAUGUCUUCAACGCGUUGUUGAAAUCUGAUAGACCCGAGAAAGAACGCGAGGAUCACCCUGGUGGUAACUCCUCGCUAACAUUCGCAUUCGCAUCGCUUGUCACCCAUUCGCUUUUCCGCACCGAUCCAAGCGAAUGGAACAAGAACCUCACAUCUUCCUAUCUUGACCUUUCACCACUUUAUGGCUCGAACCAAAAGGAGCAAGAGACUAUUCGAGUCAAGGACGGUCGCGGGCUUCUCCAUCCAGAUACGUUCGCAGAAGGACGCAUCGUUUUUCUUCCACCUGCCGCCGCUGCUCUGCUUGUAGUUUGGAACCUGAACGACUAUGUAGCUGGCUUCUUAGGGCUUGCCAAGAAGGGCGUUAGUUGGAAUAUGGAUCCAUUCCAACCAUUUAGAGAUACAAACCAUCGUCCGGUAGGCCGUGGUGAAGGCAACCAUGUCUCCGUCGAAUUCAACCUCCUGUAUCGCUGGCAUACAGUCGUAUCUAACAAGGAGGAAGAAUGGACUACGGAAUUAUUGGGAAAGAUAUUCAAAGAUAAACAUCCCCGUGAUUUGGAGCUGUCAGAUUUUUACGAAGGACUUGGUCGUUUGCGCACCGGAGAUAUCGAUCCCUCUCUCAUUGUCGACCCGGAUCCACGGAAGCGCAACUUUGGAGGGAUCAAGCGUGGCGAGGACGGGCGCUUCCACGACCGAGAUCUUGCACGCGUGCUCCAAAACGGCACCAGACAUUCUGCAUGCCGAUACGGGGCUCGCGGAACUCCAACGGCACUGAAAGUAAUGGAGAUAAUGGGUAUUCAGCAAGCUCGGAGCUGGGGAGUUUGCACUAUGAAUGAGUUCAGGGAACGCCUCGGAUUGAAGCCCUUCGGGUCGUUCAAAGAGUGGAAUAGUAAUGAUGAGAUAGCAGGAGCGGCCGAAAAGCUCUAUAAAAAUAUUAAUAAUCUAGAGCUAUACCCUGGCUUGCAUGCUGAGGAAGCUAUGAAACCCAUGCAUUCCGGAUUGUGCGCUGGAUAUACCAUGACCCGAGCCAUCUUAGCCGAUGCUAUCGCGUUGGUUCGUGGUGACCGAUUCUUUACCACUGAUUUCACCCCAUCCAACCUUACCCAGUGGGGCUGGGACGACGUUCAACGCAAUCCGAACAAUCGCUCUUUCGGAGCAUACUUGCCCAAAUUGCUUAUGAGGGCUUUCCCUGAGCACUAUCCUGACGACUCAAUCUACACCUUGUUCCCCUUCUUUACUCCCAAAACUACCAAGGAAAGUCUGAAAGAAAUAGAAGCAAAGAUCCACAAGAAGUUCGAUUAUAAGAAAAAGCGCCCUACUAAAGAUGACGGGGAUUCAGAUGAAGAAACCGAAGAGUAA